AAACGAGACGAAGAAAUGGCUAAACCAAAAAUGGAAGAAUCAGAAGUUUGUAACACUACGACUAUGGACAAGAGAAGCAGAGACGAGAAGAUGAGCGGAGCUGCAACUGCUCCGUCGCAAGGGAGACCGUCGGGGCGGCCACUUCCUCCGCCCAAAGCUCCGCCACCUCCUCCUCGUCCUCGUUUCGAGCCUGUCGACCGCGAAAAGACUUGCCCUUUGUUGCUUCGCGUUUUCACUAAGGUUGGAGGUCAUCACACUGAUGAUGAUUUUGCAAUUAGAGGUAAGGAACCCAAAGAUGAGGUUCAGAUUUAUACAUGGAAAGAUGCAACACUUCGGGAGCUGACCGAUCUAGUUAAGGAGGUUGCUCCAGAGGCAAGAAGAAGAAAUGCCAAACUUUCUUUUGCUUUUGUUUAUCCCGAUAAGCGCGGUCGAUUUGUUUUGAAACAGGUGGGGAUGACACAUUCUUAUGGAAAUGGGAGGAGGUUAGACGAUAGCAAGGCAUUGGGUGAAUUGGACUUCCAGAUUGGAGACUAUCUGGACGUGGCAAUCCUAUAGAAAUCUUGGUUAUGUUGAAGGAUGCUAUUAUUUAGUUGAAGAGUGAGAGUUAUUUGUUUGCUGCCUUAGAAGAUUGGAUUUGGCGUCAUUUGUAGUAUCGAUUCUGUUCUGCAUUUUUUAUGUUCUAUAUUUAGAUGUCAUGUGAGGUAGAAGAACAGAUUGUAUUGAUUGUGAAUUUUUAUAACCUCCUCUUAUAUUUAAUAACCUCCUCUUAUAUUUCCCCAGAUAUUGUAUUGUUAGAUCUCUAUGUAUAUUAGAAACUCUAUUUCUCAAA